AAGAUGUACGCUUGAUACACGCGGCACUGGAUAAAGAGGCGGUCCCUGGAAAGUAAACGAAAAGUAGCUGACUAAUUCCAAGCCGGUUGCAUAACUUCUCCCUUAGGGUUGUAAAAGGAAACAGCGAAAAAUAAAUAAAGCACCUUCAGCAAAUGGAUUACAAGGCAGCGAAGGAGGAAUUUGUUACGGGUUUGACGGGCACUUCAAAGCUCGAAAUCUUCGCCCUUACGUCGACGCUCCCGCUGACGGUGAUCAUUUGCGAGCAUGCGACACGUGCAAAAGCCCCGAUGCGCAGAUUGGUGUUGGAACUGGCGAUCAUCGUAUCCCCACACCUGCUCCUCUGCACUGAGGCAAUCCCCUUGGGGCCAACAUUCGCCGCCUGCCUGCUCUUGGCGACCGCUUGCCUGUUAUGGACUGUCGUACGACCGGACCGUACACAUGCAGAGCGAGCACUGCGGUUAGAUGACCUCGUCGGCAAACGGAAAAGCUUCCUGAGCGUCUUCCGAGGCGCUCUCAUGCUGGCCACCUGCAUCAGCAUUCUAGCGGUGGACUUCCGUACAUUUCCACGGCGAUACGCCAAAACGGAGGUGUACGGCACAGGCUACAUGGACUUGGGUGUGGGAGGGAUCAUCCUGGUUGCGGGCGCAGUCAGCCUGGCAGCGGCAGGGCCCGCAGCGGACAGCCUAGGCGGCCCAUCAGGGGCUUGGAAGCCCGAACCUCUGUGGCGGAGGGUGUGCGCCAGUCUAAGAGCAGC